AUGGAUGAGUCGGAUGAAUCUGAGGCAGAAGAAGGAGGGGGCAAUAAGAGUGUGUCUCUAGUGAUCCAAUCUGAGGGGGAAGUUGGGGGAGAGGAUUCCCUAGAUGAAGACGUUGACGAGGAGGGAGAAGAAGAGGAGAAACAGGUGGUGGGACGUGCAAAAUCAGGGGUGAAAGGAGAUCAGGAUAAAGUUCAACAAAAAAAUCUCGUGGUUAGUGGAGGUAGCUCCAACGAACAAUCCAGUCUGCUUUUGGAAUACCAUUUGUCAACCGAAAACCAGAGUGUAAGCCACAAUAAAAGCUCGGCGUCUUUGAAGAGCAGUGCUAGUAUGACCAUGGAUAUAACAUUGGCAUCCCGGCGUAGCAGAAGUAGGCGAUUUACACAGCAGCGUUUAGAGAUGGAUAAAACUGGUGAAGGUGAACCGAAUCUGGGGAAGAUUUUGGACGGUUUAGAUGUGAUGAAUAUGUCGGCGAAAAAUUUGUUGGAACCGAUUGAAGGUGAAGUGUUGAGAAUAUCGCCUCUGAAGGAGAUAGCUGUGUCAGUUAAGAACGACCGGUCCUUGAGAAGUCGAAAUAACAGUGUUGUAUCGGAAAAGAAUAACAUAUCUUUGAGGAGCCGUGAUGAUAGUGGUGUUUCAGAUAGGAACAAUAGGUCUUUGAGAAGUGGGAAUAAAUCUAAUAGUGGUGUUUCAAAUGAGAAUAACAAAUCUUUGAGAAGUGGGAAUAAACCGGUGGUAGAAAAAGAACUGAAUAGUUCUGGGAAGUCAGGUAAAAAACGUAGUUCCGUAGCCAAAGAGCUGUUCAGCGAUAGUAGUUCUGGGAAAGAUACGUCUGGAAAUAAUUUAGAUGGUUCUCAGAAUCUGUUAGAUGGCUCCGUACAACCUUUGGACCAACAAGACGAUGGGGAAGUUGAUAGGAGUGAGAGAGAUGUAGGAGCCAAUAGGAGUAGCGCUAACAGUCAAACAGAGAAGAAAGUGGAUGAAGAACUGAAGAAUGGAGAUGGGGAUCUGAUGAAUAUGUCGUUGGCAAGUUUGAGAAAUAGGAUGCGUGGAGAGGCUGAUAGAAGUAAGGUUGAAGAUAAUGGUUCAAAAGAGAAUGGACGAAGAGGGGAGGAUGUCAAUGUGUCUCAAGUAGAGGGUUCAAAAGAAAGUUCCAAGGGUGGUGAUGAUAUUGUGAAUGAUACACAGAGAGGAGAACGGAGGAGAGGUAAGAGGGGGAGAGAAGGUGUUAACAAAAAUGCUACUCCGGAAGAAGAGAAUAGGGGUGAUGUGUCCAUGGAUGUAAUCAAUGAUUCUCAGAGAGAUGAAGGGGGUGUUGGUAACAGGAGUUUACGAAAUAGGAGAGGGAGAAGAGAUGCUAACAAGAGUGUAACUGAAAAAGACAGUGAAAAAGAGAAUGUGGAAAAUGGUGAUGUUUCUAUGAGAGGAAGAGGAGACGCUAACAAUAGUGUAGCUGAGACAGACAGUACAAAAGAGAAAGGGGAAAAUGGUGAUGUUUCUAGGAGAGGAAGAGGAGACGCUAAGAAAAGUGUAGCUGAAAUAGACAGUAUAAAAGAGAAUGUGGAAAAUGGUGAUGUUUCUAGGAGAGGAAGAGGAGACGCUAACAAAAGUGUAACUGAGACAGACAGUUCAAAAGAGAAAAUGGGAAAUGGUGAUGUUUCUAGGAGAGGAAGAGGAGACGCUAACAAAAGUGUAGCUGAAAAAGACAGUUCAAAAGAGAAUGUGAAAGUGCUGAUGCUUCUAUGGAAGUUGAUAAUGAUAAUUCUAAACUGGAUGAAGUGGAUGGGGUUAACAGAGGUUUGA